UUUGGCCCUUGGGGGACGUCCAUAUCUCAAGCUCCCAACUUUGUAAUCUGAACUGUGCAGGCCUGGUUUCCUCUGCUUUCCUGAUCGGGCUCAUUUGCAUCCAGCCCGGGAGGGUGGGAUCUCACGGACACAAGCAACAGAAGUUGUUCCCACUGUCACUCACUCCGGCUUCAAAUGUGCCACUCUGUUUGAUGUGCAGCUGGGAAAGAAUUUAUUGCUGGGUGUAAACUUGGACUCCCGGAGUGGAGAAGGCGACGUAAAGAACUUAAAAAAGCAGAAACCCAACGUCAAGGGUGUGAGACCCUUACUCAACAACCCCUAUCCAUGAAGAUUUGAAGAUCUCAAGCAUGGGCCUAUUUCUCUGCUGCUGAAGGAGGACAGUUUCGCUGGGACGGAAGAAGGGAAAAACAAGGGGAAGAAUUGGAGACCUUCAGUGACAGGAAGAGAAAACUAAAAUCCAUCAUCGGUCUACCCAGGGUUUAGAAAACCAGCCAAGUGAAAACAGUUGCCAAGCUCAACGGACUAGCCCUAAGCCCUUCCAAAUCCAAGGUGAAGCUGAGGACGUGUAACCCUUGAUCUCGUCAUGGGGCUGAGGACAGCCAGAGUCCAAAAUACCAGGAAGCUUUAGAAGCAUACAAGAAGAAGAAGUCAGCUGCCGUUCAAGGAGAAGGGAAGAAAGAAAAAAUAUAUAUGAAAAGACGCGUUUUCGCCCUAGCUGCUUGCAGACCAAGAGGAGAGAACAUCAGCUUUCUUUUCAUCGCUCCAGAAGACUCCCUCAAGGGCCUUUCCUUGGAGUAAACGGCUUGUUCGUGGCUAAACAAAAGAUUUUAGGAUUCCUUUUUUUUUUUUUUUUAAAUUCCCACCUCUACUCCUCUUUGGACCCCUUGAGUAAAAGGAGUCAACCGGUCUGCCAAAAUGAUGGCCUCUCGGAACAAGGGCCUGAAAAUGUUCACCCUUGCCUUACUCUUCAUCAUCACCAUCACGUCCUUCCUGCUCAACUACACCAACAACGUGGUGUCUACCUCUUGGGAUCCCAAGCAAAUCGCUUACCAGUUUUCGGAGCAGGUUAGAAAACUGCUGAACUAUCCCAGGCGGCCCUGCAGUUGUGACACCUGCAUUUUGGAAGAGGGCUCAGCCUGGUUCGAAGAAAGGUUCAACGUAACUAUGCAACCCUUCUUAACCAACCAAAAUGCCUUCCUGCCCCAGGAGAACUACAGGUGGUGGCUGAAACUCCAGGGGGAGAGAAGUCCCAAGACCAUGAAUGAGACCAUCCAGGAACUCUUCAGCUUCAUUCCAGGAGACUGGGAGCACUUUUUGGACAGGAGCAGUUCCCGGUGUCGGAGGUGCGCUGUGAUAGGAAAUUCAGGGAAUCUUCGGCAGUCACAGUAUGGCCAAGAUAUUGAUGCUCAUGACCUUGUGUUUAGAAUGAACAAAGCCCCAACAAAGGGCUUCGAGUCAGACGUCGGCAGCAAAACAACUCAUCACUUUGUCUACCCGGAAAGUUAUCGAGAACUAGAGGAGACGGUCAGCAUGAUUCUCAUCCCCUUCAAAAUCUUAGACUUGCGUUGGGUCAUCAGUGCCCUCACAAAUGGCACCAUCAACCACACAUAUAUUCCUGUUCCUCGUAAAAUCAAAGCCAACAAAGACAAGAUCAUGGUUUAUCAUCCUAGUUUUAUUAAAUACGUUUACGACAACUGGCUCCAACAUCACGGGAGGUAUCCCUCAACCGGCUUCCUGUCAAUUAUCUUUGCCCUUCACCUCUGUGAUGAGGUGGAUCUCUACGGCUUUGGGGCAGACCAUAAAGGCAACUGGCAUCACUACUGGGAGAACAAUCCUUCUGCGGGAGCCUUUCGUCAAACCGGCGUCCAUGAUGGAGACUUUGAGGCCAAUGUGACGCAAACCCUCGCCUCCGUGGCCAAAGUACAUUUCUUCAAGGGCAGAUGACCCCGGCUGUCGGACAAGCGGUGAUCUCUGAUGAGAAGGAAAGGCAGAUGUUUUUUUAAAUAAAUGGAGUCUUGGAGUGGAGCGGUCUGUCAAGUCUCCGCCAAGAAAGAGAACUGCAAGCCGCAAUUAGCCGGCAGCUUUGAAAGGCCCCUCAAAUACAGCUUCGAAGUUUUGACAGCGUAGGAAAAACACCUCAAUUUGGAAAGGAAAGCCUGUUCGAGACUCCCCUAUUGUAAUCCAUGUUUUAAUUCCUUUUCUGUCUUCGGAAUGACUGAGUCUUCGGCGUCGACACGAAAAAAAAAGUGGGGGGCAGAAGAGAUCAGGGAUUUGCAAACACCCUCUUGGUUUCAAAAUUACCUCAGAAGAGCUUUAUUCCAAUCAUGGUUUCUUUUCUCUGAAGGAUCCUGGCAAAGGCCAAAAAAACAACCCUCACCCAGUUCUCGUUGGGUGGGAACGAACAAAAUGGUGGCGGCCUGUGAGCAAAAGGGUUUGCUGGGCUGUGUCGUUUAAGCGUUUUUGGCUAUUGAAACGAAAAAUGUCCUUUUUUUUUUCCCCGGGUAAUAUUUACCGUUGCUAUUUAGUGUGGCUACAAGCUCAGGAGCGAAAGAGCAGGCCUGAAAAAGAAAAUAAUGCAGGAGGGCAGGUUAAUACUUUUAUUUACUUUUUAUUUUAUUUUUUUUUUAAAUGGUCUGCCACGGCAUAGUUCUCCAUUCUCUUGCAAAGCAGAGAAAUGAAUUAACAUUGCACACAAAUACACACACACACAAAGGACACGCACCAAGACAGUGCAAAAUCUGGCUUCCAUAAAUUUAGAUAACCCUUAGAGCAAGGAUCUCCAACCUUGGCAACUUUAAGCCUGGAGGACUUAAACUCCCAGAAUUCCCCAGCCAGCUGGCUGUGGAAUUCUGGGAGUUGAAGUCCUCCAGGCUUAAAGUUGCCAAGGUUGGAGAUCCCUGCCCUAGAGGGCAUCCAUUUUAAAUUUCUGCAUCAUUGGGAGUUUUGCAGCCCAGAAUUUUGGCUUCACACACAAACACACACACACACACACACACACACACACCCCUGUCGUUGACAUGUGCCUUUCUAAAACGCCCAUGAUAUAAAGAGAGUGUAUUUGUCUGUUCCCUCAGAGACUGAAAUCUCAGAAUUCUAUUUGGUCUAUGAAAAUAAGGGACAGAAAGUUUUUUUUUUUUUUAAACUGCUCAUCGCAUCUUGUAUGGGUGGUUUUUUGACUUUUUGGGGGGCAGAAGAAGGAAAGGAAAAGGAACCCUUUUUUUGUUUUUGGUCUUAUUUUCAAGAACUCUUAGGAGGGGGGAAAUUGUAAGAUUUGUACUUCUAUUUUUUACAGCUGUUGUAAAUUUAAAUAUAUAUUUUAAAAGUAUUCAGAGCUUUAAAAAAAGGGGGGGUGGGGAGAGGUUGUCCCAUCAGCGUGAGAACAGCAAACCAUGGAUCUGAGAAAAUGUAGUUUACCAGCAUAGUCUGUUCCAUCUAAAUUCCAGGAGGACCAUUUUGAGAGAGAGAGGAAUCAUUGCAAGAACUCCCAUUAAAACCAAUCAGAGCUCGGUUGACAUAUAUAGGAUCUGAACCAUCAAUAAAAAGUCCAAAUAGAAUAGAAUAACAGAGUUGGAAGGGACCUUGGAGGUCUUCUAGUCCAACUCCCUGCUUAGGCAGGAAACCCUACACCACUUUGGACAAAUGCUUAUCCAACAUCUUCUUUAAAACUUCCAGUGUUGGAGCAUUCACAACUUCCGGAGGCAAAUUGUUCCACUGAUUAAUUGUUCUCACUGUCAGGAAAUCUCUCCUUAGUUCUAAGUUGCUUCUUUCUUUGAUUAGUUUCCACCCAUUGCUUCUUGUCCUGCCUUCAGGUGCUUUGGAGAAUAGCUUGACUCCCUCUUCUUUGUGGCAACCCCUGAGAUAUUGGAAGACUGCUAUCAUGUCACCCCUAGUCCUUCUUUAAACUAGACAUACUCUGUUCCUGCAACCGUUCUUCAUAUGUUUUAGCCUCCAGUCCCCUAAUCCUCUUUGUUGCUCUUCUCUGCACUCAAAUAACAAGGAGAAUUAAUCUACAGUCCCCAGUUGCAAAAGUUACAGAACUUUUACAGAAAAGUGACAGGAGAAGGACUUCAAUGCUCUAGAAUGUGGACCUCAAACCUAGAUAGAUGAAGCCAACCAGUUGUUUGGACAGCCAACCCCAGAAGCCAAUUGGGGAGGCCCUGAAGAGGUAGCAGCAUUGUGAAAAUGGAUGGAUGAUUAUUACCUCAGUUAACUAGACAUCCAACGACCCUCCUCUCUCACCUGUAGGACACAAAAGAACAACUUAGGAUCAAGAUGCUAGUUUGCAUGCCUUUUUCAUUGUGCAUUGAUCCAUCUUUCCACACCAUGGAAUCCUACUAUUGGGUUCAGAAUGUCAGGCGCCAUAGUCUGGCACUUCUGGAAGGAGUACCAGAUUGAGGUAGGCUGGUCUAGAACAUGGAACCCCUUCUUUUUAUAAAACAGAAAAAUAAAAUUGGGGUUGCAGUGUAAACGUCCCGUUCCCUCCAAGAGUUUCUUCACUGGUCACUAAUCUACUUUCUAAUUUGGAGGUCAUAGGAUUACGUUGUCGUCUUCAAAAGAAAAACCGGCCAAUUUCAAAUGAGCUAUAUUUUUAAGUUGAUUGUCCCGAGCACCGUAAAUCAAAGCCUUCAUACAUUUUGUAGCACAGGUUUAAAUCACGAUUUCUCUAAAUCAUGUUCAAGGACAUUAGUCCUCCUGAGACUGUAUGGCUUCUGGAAUGAGAAUAAGCUUCUUUUUCUAGACUUUUCUAGACUCUGCAGUUCGUUUGUUUUUCCUUUUAAUGGCGAGUUAUUUACGUACAGGAAAAGGUGCUUUUACUUAUCUCCAUGAAGACAUGUGCCUCUUGAAUUCUGCUGAUUAAACUUUUGAUUAAGGAUUAGAGCAGGCCAGGAAACUUCGUCUUGCUCAGGUGGCAUCCUUAAACUGUGUACCCCAAAUCCUCUCUUCAGGGGUUUGCUUAGGGUUUGUUUUAUGCUGUAUUUUCAAACUACCAAACAGGAAUAAAAGAAUUGAGCUAAA